AUGCCCGAAUGUACGCAUCCAACAGUUGGCGUCGGAACAUUUGUAAUGCGAGGCAACAAAUUUCUGAUUGGUAAAAGAAAAGGAAGUCAUGGAUCCGGAACUUGGCAACUUCCUGGUGGUAUGAAAUCAUAUACAAGUAUGCAAAAUGAUUCCAUUGUAAACAUAAACCUUUUAACUAAAUUCAACUUUAAAAAUCUAUUUAAAGGAAUUUUAGAAUUUGGUGAAUCUUUUGAAGACUGUGCAAAACGUGAAGUACUUGAAGAAACAAACCUCGAAAUUACCAAUGUAAUCUAUCAGACUGUAACCAAUAGUGUAAUGGUAAAUGAAAAUAAACAUUACAUAGAUAUUUUUAUGCGCGCAGAAGUUGUUGACGUGGACGCUAAUCCUUUGGUAAUGGAACCCAACAAAUGUGAAUGUUGGGAAUGGGUAACAUGGGAUGAAUUUAUACAAGGUGGUAUUACUGGUACUGAAAAUAUUCAGGGCGAUGAAAUUAACAAGUAUAGACCUAUGUUUCAUCCUAUGGAAAUUUUAAUUAUUACUAGGAACGGACAACGACCUAUUCAAACUCAUGUUCCCACUAAAACUUAUCAUCCAGCAGUUCUUAUAACUGGUACUUCAGCUGGAAUUGGUCGUGAAACCGCUUUUACCCUUGCGAAACUUGGGUACACAGUGUUCGCUGGUGUCAGAAAAAAAGAUGAUGCAGAAAAUCUUAUAACAUCUUUUCGUGAAUGUGAUAAUCCCAAUGAAGGACGAAUUAUUCCAAUUAUUUUAGAUGUUACAAAUAAAGAACAUAUUCAAAAUGCAUAUGAUCAUAUUCAAUCAAUCAUUGGUUAUGAAAUUCCUUUUGUUGGUUUAAUCAAUAAUGCUGCUAUGGUUGUCUAUUUACCCAUGGAAAUUGCUUCAGAAGAAGCAUUUUUAAAUAGUUUUAAUACAAAUUAUUUUAGUAUUGUCAAUCUUACAAAAAAAUUCUUGCCUCUUUUAAGAAGAAGUGGUGGUCGUGUGAUUAAUAUUGGGAGCGUUGCAGCUUGGGUAAAUUCAUCAGUUAUGGGAAUUUAUGCUGCAACUAAGGCUGCCCUUAGAGUUAUGACUCGCAUUUGGAGAAUGGAAACUAAAGACAUGGGUAUUAUCAUUUCCAGAUUAACAGAUCAAACGAUAUCUAAUUUCCGUAAUUUCAAUUCUUUUCCUUCACUCUCUCAUCAUUAUUCUGCACCAAAUGAUACUAAUCCAAAAGUUAUACCAGAUUAUGAAAAAAUUUUUAAAGCUGUUGCAACAUGUAGUGACCAUUUUCAAGCUUCCCCUACUGAAAUUGUAUCUGAUGCUAUAGUACAUGCUUUAACUGCCCCUUAUCCAAAAAAUACUUAUUAUGUUGGUAUAGAUGCUAGAAUUUUUGCUUUAACUAAUUGGUUAGUAGGUGAUGGAAUUAUUGAAGCAGUACAAUCCAAAGUUUUAUCUUUUGUAGCAAGUAGAUAA